CAAUAGGAGACCAUGAACUGAAAGCUCUAAUAACAAAAUAAUGAAAAAAAAGUUAUUUUUAUUUUUAGUGGGCAUUUCUCUUUCUCUGUUCCAUUGGCUGCUUUUUCUAUUGCAUCCAUUGGAAUAUCCUUAUUGAGCUCUUCUUACGAAAGAUUGUUUUUGCUUUGAGCUGCUUGUGAGCUUUUGCUUUUGCUUUGCUUUUUUUUUUCCGUCCAUUUUGGGGGUCUAUGGGUGCUUUCUUUGCUUUGUACCUUCUUUAAAUAUAUAUAUAUAUAUAUAUUAAAAUAAAGCUUUAUGCUCUUGGUUUUAAAUAUUGUUCUUUGGGUUCUCCAUGUCAGAAUUUGACACGGGUUUGUCUUAUAUUCUCUUAUGAGAUUUUACUUUACUAAAUUGAAAUCUUUAAAUUGCUUUUUGUUCUCUUUGGUCUUUGCCUUUAGGUCUUGUUAGUGUUGCUACUUGCCUUGGAACUAAAUGAUUCUCCUUACUUAUCUGUGGAUGAUAUAAAUUUUGGUUAAUUUUGGGUUUAGGGUAUUUGUUCAUUAUCUCUUUGAUGAUAUAUAUAUAUAUAUGGUCAUUGAUCAGGAAUGUCAUUGCUUAUGACCAUGAUCAACUUGGUUUUGUUGCUUUCAAUUUUCAUUCUCUUUGUUCAAGUGUUUCCAGAGGAAGCUGCUUUGAGGCCUAAUGUUGUGAAUGUUGGAGCUAUUUUCUCAUUCGACACCAUUAAUGGGAAAGUUGCAAAGGUUGCAAUGAAGGCAGCUGAGGAUGAUAUAAACUCUGAUCCAAGUAUUCUUGGUGGGAGGAAAUUGUUUGUUGCCCUCCAUGAUUCAAACUACAGUUCAUUUCUUAGCUUUAUUGGAGCAUUGCAGUUUAUGGAGACUGACACUGUAGCGAUAAUUGGUCCACAAAGUUCUGUGAUGGCACAUGUUCUAUCACAUCUUGCAAAUGAGCUCCAUGUUCCAUUAUUGUCAUUCACAGCCCUGGAUCCCGGCCUGUCACCUCUGCAGUACCCGUUCUUUGUUCAAACAGCACCUAAUGACGAGUUCCAGAUGAUUGCCAUUGCUGAGAUGGUUAGUUACUUUGGUUGGGCUGAAGUGAUUGCUGUCUUUAGUGAUGAUAAUCAGAACCGAAAUGGUAUAAUUAUGUUAGAUGAUCAGCUUGCUGAGAGGCGUUGCAGGAUAUCUUAUAAAGCCACACUUCCACCGGACCCGAUGGCGAAAAGAAGUGAUGUUCUGAGAGAAUUAGCUAAGAUUCAAAUGAUGGAAUCUCGGGUUAUUGUUCUUAACACUUUCUCGAAAACAGGUCUCUUGGUCUUUGAAGUGGCCAAGAGCCUUGGAAUGAUGGAGAAAGGAUAUGUUUGGAUAGCUUCUACUUGGCUAUCCACUGUUUUAGAUUCAACUUCCCCACUUAAACCUGAGACAGCAAACUCGAUCCGAGGAGCACUAACGCUUCGCCCUCAUACACCUGAUUCAAAAAGGAAAAGGGACUUUAUUUCACGUUGGAACCAGCUGAGUAAUGGUUCUAUUGGGUUAAAUCCUUAUGGUCUUUUUGCCUAUGAUACUGUCUGGAUGAUUGCUCGUGCAGUAAAGUUGUUAUUCGAUCAGGGUGGCAACAUUUCGUUUUCCAAUGAUGAACGAUUAAUCAGUCUUACUGGGAUGGAUCUAAAUCUUUCUGCAUUAAGUAUAUUUGAUGGAGGGAAGCAGUUGCUUAAGAAUGUAAUAGAGACAAAGAUGACCGGUUUGACAGGCCCUGUUCGGUUUAAUCAAGACAGGUUCCUCAUAAAUCCUUCGUAUGACAUUAUUAAUACGGUUGAAACUGGGUAUCGACAAGUUGGAUACUGGUCUAACCACUCUGGUCUUUCCAUUGUGCCACCAGAGACACUUUAUGGAAAAAAGCCUAAUCGUUCUAGCUCAAACCAACACCUGGACAGUGUGGUAUGGCCUGGAGGAGAAACAAUAAAGCCUCGAGGUUGGGUUUUCCCAAACAAUGGAAGAGAAUUAAGAAUCGUAGUCCCAAAUCGAGUUAGUUACCGAGACUUUGUCUCAGUAGUCAAUGGCACAAAUAAGGUGCAAGGAUAUUGCAUAGAUGUAUUUCUUGCUGCAAUUAAGUUGAUGCCAUAUGCUGUUCCAUACAGGUUCAUUCCAUUUGGAAAUGGCCAUGAGAACCCUAGCUAUUAUGAGCUUGUCAGUAAAAUCGCAGCUGGUGUCUUUGAUGGCGCAGUAGGUGAUAUUGCUAUUGUGACAGACCGGACGAGAAUAGUAGAUUUCACUCAACCAUAUAUUGAAUCGGGGCUGGUUGUGGUAGCUCCAGUAAAAAAGAUAAGUUCGAACCCUUGGUCCUUCUCACGGCCAUUUACUCCAUCAAUGUGGGCAGUCACAGCAGCAUUUUUCCUCAUUGUAGGAUCGGUUGUGUGGGUCCUUGAGCACAGAAUAAAUGAUGAAUUCCGGGGCUCUCCGAGGCAGCAAAUUGUCACAAUUUUAACGUUCAGCUUCUCUACGAUGUUUUUUUCACAUAGAGAAAACACAGUGAGCACACUUGGACGCCUUGUACUGAUUAUCUGGCUUUUUGUAGUUCUGAUAAUCAAUUCAAGCUACACUGCGAGCCUGACAUCGAUCCUCACAGUGCAACAGUUAUCGUCGCCUAUCAAAGGAAUUGAUACUUUGAUUAGUAGCAGUGAACGAAUAGGCUUCCAAAUCGGGUCUUUUGCUGAAAGAUAUCUAACUGAGGAACUGGGAAUUCCGAAAUCUAGACUUGUUCAACUUGGCUCACCAGAAGACUAUGCCCGUGCCCUUGAGAAGAGACAAGUAGCUGCAGUAGUCGAUGAGCGACCGUACGUGGAUCUCUUCCUCUCAGACCGAUGUGAAUUCUCGAUUAGAGGCCAGGAGUUCUCCAAACGUGCAUGGGGCUUUCUAGAGUCUUCCUUGAGCUAUAAAAAUAUGCAGAAUUCAACUGGUUAUAGUGUCUUGAUCUGCAACGCCAUAUCUCCAUUCUAUUACAAGCGGAAAAAUGAUCUCCAGCAAAUGGUUUUUCUUAGGCAUUUCCUCGAGACUCUCCGUUAGCCAUUGACAUGUCCACUGCCAUUCUUGCCCUAUCCGAGAACGGCGAGCUUCAGAAGAUUCACGACAAAUGGCUGUCAAGAAGUGCAUGUAGUUCUGAGAAAUCUGAGGAUGAAGCAGAGCAGCUCGACUUACAAAGCUUCUGGGGACUAUUUCUUAUAUGCGGAAUCGCAUGUGUUCUAGCUCUCUUUGUAUACUCUUUGUUGAUGUUUCGCCAGUACAGCCGACACUGUCCUGAGGAACUGGAUUCUACAAGUCGUAACAAUUCCUUCUCUGCACAUCUUCGUACAUGUCUCUCAUUCGUUGAUGGAAAGGUUGAGAAAUCCAAAAGCAGCUCAAAAAGAAAACGGGACAGUAUGCACUCGGAUGUAUAAAUUUUAAGGUUUCACUUCAUCUUCCAGUUCUAAAGAAUCAGCUUUUCCCGCCUUUCCUCUGCUCUACCGGUUCGCCUCCUAUGGUUUUAGCACUUAGCAGAUUCAAUCAUCUGUAUGUUACUUGGACUUAGAUGUGUUUCGGAGUAACAUUGAACAUAGAAUGUAACAUAUAUGAAAGUAAUGUAGCAUAUACGUAAAGAUAGGAUUCUCUUUGAAUUGCAACAAACAAUAGAGAAACACAUUAUGUUUUC